AUGUCCCUCCUUCUCCAGACCCUUGGAGGCACCAACCUCACUCCAGACGAGGCGAAAGAAUGUCAGGCCUACCUUGAAGAACUCCUCGUCAAUGAUGGCCUUAUGUGUACCGACAAUUUCACCACCACCAGUGCUGCCAGCGGUACCAAAACCCUUGUGGAAGAGAUCGCAGAGCUCGACCAGCAGCAGCGGCAGAUCAAUGAUAAGCUCGGUGAACUCACAAGCAAUCACCGUGAUGUGCUCAUUCAAUUGGAGACUGACGUCACCACUGUCGCUGAGAACUUAACCAUCAAAUACCCAGAAGAGCUCACACAAAUCCCUAAACUCCAGAUUGGACUGACAAACAUCGACAAAUUGAUGAGCCAGGUGAAAACCAGCUCCUCAGUAAUUCAGCAUAUUGAUUCCAUCCUAGAUUUGUUGGAACUUCCCAGUCUUGCUCGGCUAUGUAUCACUCAGGGUAACUACCACGAAGCAUUAGAGAUUCUGGUGCUUGUGCGGUCAUAUUGCAUCAGAUUCCCUCAAAUUGAAGCGUUCAAGCUUAUCCAGGCACAGGUAGAUGCUGAGCUUCAGCAUAUGGUCAAGGGGCUCAUCCGUCUACUUUCCACCAACGUCAAGGCCCAUCUGCUUGGCAAGAUAUUCCAAAUCCUUACCAAGCUCGACAUAGGCACUUCUGAAUCGCUUCAAUUAUUGUUCCUCCAAGGCCGGUACCGAUUUAUUCUACAGGAGUUGGCGCUGUUGAAACCAUUACUCAAAUUGUCCAACAAAAUGACAUAUUUAAAGCGGCUGGUGGAAGUGUUCCGAGAGCAUGGAUAUGCCACCUUAUAUCUGUACCAGUCGCUCUUCCCACUGGCAACUAACCCAUUGUUGGUAUCGCAGUUUUGCCACCAGCUAGCUGAUACCUUGACGGAGAUUCUCGUUGGUAAUCUUGCUGAAACCAAGGCAUACCCCGAAAAUGACGGUAGUAUUGACGGAUUACUUCUACAGUUGGUUUACUUGACUAAAUCCCUUUCCAAGUUUGGAGCGAACUUUGAAGUGUUGCUCAAAGAACGAUUAAGUGAAUGGGUGACGCCUGAGGACUGGGUUCGCAAUAUUAAGAAGACCUCUUCGUAA